ACUAUUACGAUACCUUCUAAUCGAACCCAAAUCCCUAAUAAGCGACACCUUGUCGUGACCGUUCGUAAGAGACAGGACUAUUUAUUUGAUUCAAUCAAUAAUUAGAUCUGCGGAUUUUUAAUAGCACUGGAUGAUAGGGAAAUGUCUCUACGCGAUAAACCUUUUUUACUACAAUACCAUUUUCCCUACCCUUCUCUGAGUCUAUAAAUACGUUGAGCAGACGAUGUUUUUCGACUGCCUAAGUUCUUAUGCGCAUCGCAUCGGAGUCGGUGAUGUGCUCAGCAGGGGAUUACCCUCUCUGUGUGACGCGGCCCGUAUGCUUCCGCAGCUAGCUAAGACAAUCUUGCUGCUGCAAUGUUGUUUUCGUUGAAUACUGAGAGUAACAAAGGCGGCUGCUGGACGCGGCCCUUGGGAAACGUUCUUUUCGUGAGUGGCCAACUAUUUGUGCGCUUUUCUUUUUCUUUACCCCACAGUUACGUCGUUUGAAAUUGUUGUGGACCUUCAGGUCAUUCUGGGGAGCGAAUUUCGCCAGAACGUUUAGCUUGCCAAUAGUGGCUCUCAGUUGUUGCCUAGUUCUAACUGUGCUGAACGGUGUUUCGUCACGCCUCCAGUGUGCAGAGUCCUUUCGAAAAGCCCGAACAGGCCCGUGCCGUCGCUGAGGUUUAUCAUCCGCUUAGCGUAGUGGUUGUGGACUAUAGCUUCUGUUUUAUACCGCAGUGAUGUGGGCACGCAGAAAAUAGGCCCGUGCGUGACAUCAGGAACCGGUCAGAGGGCGACUAAGCAAUCACGACUUUCGUGUAUCGACAAAUAUAAAAAGGCGGCAAGACGUCGAAAAAUAAAAAACUGCUAAUCGUUAAUAAGAACGAGAUAAAAAUAGGGAAGCUGUGGAAAGAGAAGAAGAGUGUGUGCGCCAACGUCUGAAACUAUGCCUGAACAGAGCCCGAUCAAUUGGAGUAGCGAGAGUGGUGAUCUAAGCCUGCUUGUGGCUAUGGUAGGCUACAAGCCUGUCGGCGUGGGAAAACACUUUCAGAUGCUCUUCAUUCACGACAAAUUUUGUCGUCUCGUGAACAAAGAGAUGCCGACCCGCGUUCUCUGGGAUCGGCUUGAUGAAAUGUAUGAUCUCGAAGCGCUUGAUAAAAGCGAGAUUGCGCCGUUUCCCAAUUCGCGCGUACGUGAUUUUGAGCUGCCGGACGACGAAUUUGGUGAUCUUAUCGCGGCUAAAAAAAAAACGGCUGCAGCAACAGCAGCAGCAGCAACAACGACGACAACGACGACGACGACGACAACGACGACUACGGUGGUGGCCAUAACAUCAACAGGCAGCGGUAGCGAACAAGAAGAAGAAGAUGAAGAGGACGACAGCGAUGAGGAAAACGAAGCUGAAGUCGACACGAGAGGUAAAGACGGGGGUCAACCGCAACCUGCCGCGGCAAAACCGGCAGCUACCGGCGGGAAAACUGGCAAAGGUGACUGGACUCCCGCGAAAGCUUCACCGGUACCGACAGCACUCGCCAAUAAAGCGAACAAGAACAAGGCGAAUCUCGACUGCAUGCUCCAGGACACAAUGCCAUCAUCUUCGCCAGCCAGUUCUACGAAAAGUACAACGCCGGCUCCAGAAGCCGGCGGCAACGAGAAGAAAUCUUCUGCUAGCACCACCACCAGUAGCAGCAUUAAAGACAAGGAUCGAGAUCACCAAAAGGACGGAAUUAAGGUCGGCUUUGACGGAGAAAAAAAGGAGACUCAAAAGGAACCGCAACAACAACAACAGCAGCAGCAGCAACAGGCUCGAAGGAGUACGGUGAAGGAGACGAAAAGCAGUGGAAAGGAUGAUAAUAAAGACAUACAAAAAAAAGAGUCCGGUAACAUACGACGGACGACUACGGCUGACGUCAAGGCAAAAACUGACGGCGAACCAGUAAAAACGAAGCGGAUCAGCGAGGCCCGCAAGGACCACGGCGAUAAGAGGUCACGCAUCUCGUCGGCAACGGACGAUAAGCAAGAUAGGGAUAGCAAGGACAAGGACAGCAAGGAGUCAACGAAGGAGGUAAAUGCUAAGGACAACGGCACUAGCAAUAGCAAUAACAGCAAGCCUGAUUCUUCAUCACAAGGAUCGUCCAAGGCCGCACUGAAAACUCGACGCGAGAGUCGGCGUCCAGAUUCGACUACAUCCGGACGUAGGGAUCCACCGAGACGGCGUAGUCGAUCCCGAAAUGUAUCGCCUGCACCUUCCACUGGUUGUAGCCGAAACAGGAACGCGUCUCCUGCGACAAAUCCUGGCCGCCGCAAUUCGAGUCCUUCAUCAUCAACGAAGCGGACCGCAUCACCAGCCAUGCCGGCCAAAACUGCUCCAUCUCCGGCUAUGACAACGUCGCAGUCACGAAAGAGGGCCACUCGCUCUGAGACGAGCAGUCCUGCUAAUCCUAAGCGGGUGAGGGCCAGGUAAUUAUCAAUCGGAAUUUGUAUAGACGGAAGCAGUAAUACUGCACGUUAUCGUGGUGAUUAAUCGAUUAUCGACGUUGCUCUAUAUAGCUGGCACUACUAGCUUAUUGGUAUUCUGAGAGUAAGAUAUUUGAAAUAAAGAAAGAAAAAGAACAUAUAGCAGAAACACUCUACAGGCAACCCUUGAAACGAAUAAAAUCACCUUAAGUAAAGAAUUCGCUUACAAUCUAUAAUUUAUUCCAAGGAUCAGGACACAAUCUUAGAUGGAUGCUUUUCUAUACCGAACAACGCAUGAAACCGAAAUUUAGCCUGUGAAGUAACUCUUUGUGCCUCAGUUCACCUGACGAGUAAAUUUACUACCCAUUAUUGCUUUGAACAAAUUUUUUGAUAACAAAGAAGAGUAAUCGGUGCUUACAGUUUAGCUGAGUCUUUAAAAGUAAAUUAUUAGUGAUGUAAAUAUACAACGAUAAAUAUCACAAAGGCACUUGCAGUGUGAAGUUAUAGAAUGAACGUAAGGAAAAGAUUUACUUGUAUCGCGUGUAUGCGGUAGGUUAUCUGCUGCUGCAAAUGGACGAAUAAUCUAAGAAUUUAGCCCGGAGUAGAGAUUAAAUAAAUGAUUGCAAUGUAUUAUAGAGUUCUAGGAUGAAGCCAA